CGCAGCUGCAUCAGCAUCUGCAUUUUGAUGGUCAGAAGUGCGAGAAGUGAUGAGAGGAUGGCUGGGAAACUAGGAAACUAGGUGUUCACCCAGUUAAUUAGCUGGUUUAUGGAUUCCUAUAUAUUCCAAAAGUAUGCUCCAAACGUAAACAGUCUAUAAACAGCCUAUUACCUAUUUAUAGUUCAUUUUGGCACGGUGCACUUCUCGCAGAUGCCCAUUAUUCAUCAAUGGAUAUGCCAGAGUGGCUUUUGUUAGGGCCUCUGCCACAAGCAUACGAAUCGCAGCAUUUCAAGAUCGCGACUUCGUCAUCGUUGUUUGUUUGCCAUCGCUGGGAUGUGAGUGGGAUGGCCUAAGAAUAGCUAAGAAUAGCGCACCUCACCCGAAAUAGAUGCGCCAUGUGGCCACUGUGACGUCAGGAGCUGGUUGCCUGGAUGCGGAGGAGUGAAGUGGUGGAGAGGAGUGGAGCUGAGCGGUCAGGAUGUAAACAACCAGCGCUGGAAUCACACCGAAUGGAAUGCCGUGGCCGACGGUUUGUUUACACUCGAUCUCGCACACAUCCAUCCACUCAAUCAAAAUCAAUUUCGCCGGCCAAGAAUCUCCGCCGGAAUCCGCUCUCUUCCGUUCGGAAGGAAUGGCUUUGCUUAUCUCCCCCCAAAAUGGCAAUCGCCUAUCAGAAAGUCAGACUGUGACCCUCAAAGGUUCGCGAGUGCCAGUCGGGUGCAUGGUCCAAACAGUGGAGAUCUCGUUAGAAGUACGAAAAAUGUCCAAGCUGAGACAUCGGCAAGAUCCCUUGCCCCCGUAGUAUAAUGUAGUCUUGGAAGAUCUCUGUGAACUAUGCUAAAAAUAUUGAGCGAACUUUCGAACUCACCAACGCCAGUGCCUUCCGAUGCCACCAGUUGAUAACGCCCAGUUGAUAGAUGCCAUCACUGCCCCGAGCUGCUGAUUGGGAGCAGCUUGUGUUAUCAGGCGCUUAUUUCACGGCUAGCUUGGAGUCGCAACAGUUGAUAGCGUUGUCUGCAUAGAUGUGGUAGAAGCGAAAUGUGGCUCCUACUAUCGCUGGUCCUGCUCCUGGUGAUCCUCGCCCUGGAGAUGCGGCGGUUCCUGCGGAACAUGAGAACGAUUCCAGGUCCACUGCCAGUGCCCCUGCUCGGCAACGCCCAUCUCUUUCUGGGGCUCACUCCGGCGGAGGCCUGCCUCAAGAUCGGCGAGCUGGCGGAGCGGCACGGCGACACCUUCGGCCUGUUCCUGGGCCCGUCCUACAGCGUGAUGCUCUUCAAUCCGCGCGACGUGGAACGGGUGCUGGGCAACAGCCAGCUGCUGACCAAGUCGCAGGAGUACUCCUUCCUGGGCCGCUGGCUCAACGAGGGCCUGCUGGUGAGCAACGGACGCAAGUGGCAUCGCCGGCGCAAAAUCAUCACCCCGGCCUUCCACUUCCGCAUCCUGGAGCCCUACGUGGAGAUCUUCGACAGGCAGUCGCUGCGGCUCGUCGAGGAGCUGAGGCUAAGGAUGAGCAGGGGCCAGGAGCGCAUCAACCUGGGCGAGGCCAUUCACCUCUGCACGCUGGACGCCAUUUGCGAGACCGCCAUGGGUGUUUCUAUCAACGCACAGUCGAAUGCAGAUUCCGAGUACGUGCAGGCGGUGAAGACCAUAUCGAUGGUGUUGCACAAGCGCAUGUUCAACAUCCUGUACCGCUUCGACCUCACCUACAUGCUGACCCCACUGGCGAGGGCGGAGAAGAAGGCCCUGAACGUGCUGCACCAGUUCACGGAAAAGAUCAUUGUGCAGCGCAGGGAGGAGCUCAUCCGCGGUGGAAGCGGUCAGGAGAGCAGCAAUGAGGACGCCGACGUGGGCGCCAAGCGCAAGAUGGCUUUCCUGGACAUCCUCCUGCAGUCGACCGUCGACGAACGGCCCCUAAGCAACUUGGACAUCCGCGAGGAAGUGGACACCUUCAUGUUCGAAGGCCACGACACCACAUCCUCGGCCCUAAUGUUCUUCUUCUACAACAUAGCCACCCAUCCGGAGGCGCAGAAGAAGUGCUUCGAGGAGAUCCGUUCCGUAGUGGGCAAUGACAAGAGCACACCGGUGAGCUAUGAGCUGCUAAACAAGCUGCACUACGUCGACCUGUGCGUGAAGGAGACCCUGCGAAUGUAUCCGUCUGUGCCGCUGCUGGGUCGUAAGGUUCUCGAGGACUGCGAGAUCAAUGGAAAACUCAUCCCGGCGGGCACGAAUAUCGGCAUCUCACCGCUCUACUUGGGCAGACGGGAGGAGCUCUUCAGCGAGCCCAAUAGCUUCAAGCCGGAACGGUUCGAUGUGGUCACCACUGCCGAGAAGCUGAAUCCGUACGCGUACAUACCGUUCUCGGCCGGACCACGCAACUGCAUUGGCCAGAAGUUCGCCAUGCUGGAGAUCAAGGCCAUCGUGGCCAAUGUGCUGCGGCACUACGAGGUGGACUUUGUGGGCGACUCCUCCGAGCCGCCGGUGCUGAUUGCCGAGCUCAUCCUGCGCACCAAGGACCCCUUGAUGUUCAAGGUGCGGGAGCGUGUCUACUAAAUCAAAAGCUCACAUCAUAUUCCUUCACUUGUAAAUGAAAAUAUAUUCAAAAAUGUUAACGA